AUGGUUAGAGAAAUAUUUGAAGUGACUACUGAAGUCAUAGACGGUUUUAGUUCCUUGGAUAAUACCAAUCCCACUCUAAAAAUUUUGAAAACAGCUGCGCAUACUGCUUCCCCUAUUUUUCCUGUAAUUGAUAUAGUUUUGACUUUAAUCGAUGAAAUUGUUAAUAUUUACAAUACCGCUCAACAUAAUACAAAAAUUUGUAGUUCCCUAGUGGAUCGUGUUCAACGCGCAGAAUAUGCUGUAAAGGUCUUAAAACGUCGACUCGAUGAUAAAAAAUACAAUACUCAAGUUUAUUAUCAAUCAUUUAUACAUUUUAAAAAUAUUUUGGAUAAAAUCAAAAACUAUUCGGCGGAUAUGACUCAACUUCGAGGAAUUAAAAAAUAUAAAAAUGCAUAUUUAAUGCGAGACAAAUUUAUAAAGCUCACCGAAGAAUUUGAGAGAUGUAUGCAAGAUUUAAAUUUUACUUUAUUGGUGUCCGAUGAGGAACAAAGGAAAUAUGAUGAAAUUGCCUUAAACCAAGACAUUGCCGAUCUGGCUCAGAUUUUGCAAGAAAAAAAAACUACAGAUUUAAGUUUUGAGCCAAAGAAAAUUGACGUAUCAGAACUGACGGAUCCAUUUGUACCUGAGAGUGAUGAUUAUCGUGGUAAUCUAAAUUCAUCGACAAUCAAGAAAAAAAAAUGGAAACUUUCUGUGGACGUAGCUUGUAAACCUGUUAAAAUAAAUUCUCCAGAGUUAAAGGGUUUUUCUUUAUACAAGCACUUUUCAUCAAAUUCUCGUUCUUCAGAAAUUUCAUCCGAAGAACUUAAAAAACUUGAAUCCCAAUUAAAAAUUUUAGAAAAAUUAGGAGAAUGUAAACAUAUUAUAAAAUUCCAUGGUAUCUCAUAUGUGCACAAUUGUGACGUGCAAGUCUUUGAAUGGACGGAAUUGGGUAAUCUUAAAGAGGUCUACGAAAACAAGAUUAUCCCUUGGGGUGCCAAAGUUCAAAUAGCGCGUGAUAUUGGUAGAGGUAUUGCAUUCUUGGCUUCUACUCAAAUUUUUCAUCAUGACUUAAGAUGCAAAAAUGUUAUGUUGACUGAACGACUUGAACCUAAAUUGGCAAACUUUGAAUUAUCGCGUAUGGAAAUUGGUAUUUCAAAAAAUAUUGGAGAAUCAUUAAUAGAAGUAAUAAAUUGGAUGUCUCCGGAAAAAAUGAAUGAUUUUCCAUACACUUAUAAAUGUGAAAUAUUUAGUUUCGGAAUGUUGCUUUGGGAACUUUGUUUCGAAAAGAAGCCAUAUGCUAACAAGAAUGAUCCAUCUCAAGUCAUGAAACAUGUGAAGGGUGGUGGUAGAGAACAUCUUAGAUUCGUACCAGGUAAAGAACCGGAGGAUUCUGAGAUUCAAAAAGAAUUCGCGGACAUUAUUAGUCAAGCGUGGCAUGAUAAUCCAUCACAACGACCUAAUAUUAUUCCACUAUGCAUAAGACUAGAGACUCUCGCUUCCAAAUACAUAAAAACUGGUACUUCCUUUGAACUUUUACACAAAGAACCAUUGACACAAACUCAAAUUUAUUACUCAGGUGAAGAUUUUGAAGAUUUUGAAGAUUGUGAACUUGAAACCAUAGAAGCAAUAAUGUCAGUGGAAGAAGGCAAAAAACUUUUUAAAAGCGAAAAAGAUGAAGAUAAAGCAGCAGCAUGGAAGUGUUUUGAGGCAAACGCUGAACUCGGAGAUGUAGAAGCUAUAUAUUACAAAGGAUCUUGUUAUGAUAAAGGAAUUGCGGUGGAAAAAGAUGAUGUCAAAGCCAUGGAAUUCUUUAAAAUUGCAGCGGAUGAAGGGCACCCAGAUGCCCAAUUAAAAUACGCGUUUAAAAUAUAUGCUCAGAAAAAAAUUAAAGAUUUCCUUGAAUAUUUAACGAAAUCUGCACAUAACGGAAAUCCUACAGCAUUAUUUAAUUUAGGAUUAAUUAAAAUAAGUGGAAAUUAUAAAGUUAAGAAAGAUAAGGAACUGGGAAUUAGAUAUAUAAAACUUGCGGCAAAAGAGGGACAACCGAAAGCUAUGUGA